GCCGCGGGUCGUGUUGAGGACGACGAGCGUAGGCCACGUACGGACUAGAUCGUUCGUACAUUAGUUUCUCGACUAUCAAAGCGGCCCACGGUCACGCGGUGAAGUGUGUACACGUUAUCUAAACCUGUCGGUUCCGUUGCAUAUUCGUUGGCAGUCCGCUGCUCGUUCCUCGAUUUCGUCGCAUUGCGUGUCACGUCCACGGUUGAAAUAUGGGCGCAGCUUCGAACGCGACAUACUUAGGGCUCGAUCUCAGCACGCAGCAGUUGAAAGCGGUGGUCGUCGAUAAUGAUCUCACCGUUCUCUGCGAGACCAGUGUACAAUUCGACAAUGAUCUGCCGGAGUUUAGAACGUACGGAGGGGUUAUUCAAAAGAAAGAAGAACCACACGUGGUGGUUGCUCCCACUUUGAUGUGGGUUAAGGCUCUAGACAUGAUCCUUGAGAAAUUACGCGUCUGUGGCGUUGAUUUUAGCAAAGUGGCCGCUAUUUCCGGAUGCGCACAGCAACAUGGCACAGUUUACUGGGGCAAGGGCAGUCGAAAUCACUUGCAGCAAUUGGAUCCCGCAAAAUUCUUGCACGAGCAGCUCGUCACGUCGUUCUCGGUGACGCCGUCACCUGUAUGGAUGGAUUCCAGCACCACCAAUGAAUGCAAUAUCUUGGAUGAGAUCAUGGGUGGUCCUCAAAAAUUAGCGGAGAUAACGGGAUCUCGGGCGUACGAGAGAUUCUCAGGACCUCAGAUAGCGAAAAUAGCGCGCAGGAGGCCUGAAGCCUACAGUAACACUGAGAGAAUCUCUUUGAUUAGCAGUUUUCUUGCUUCCUUGUUUUUGGGCGACUUUGCGCCCAUUGACUGGUCUGAUGGAUCUGGAAUGAAUUUGUUAAACAUUCACACGAAGGAUUGGGACGACGUACUUUUAGAGACUUGCGGGCCAGGUUUAAAAGAAAAACUCGGUAAACCUGUUUCCUCCUGUAGCAAUAUCGGACCGAUUUCAUCCUAUUUCGUAGAAAGAUUCGGCUUCGACGAGGCAUGCCGGAUAAUUGCAUUCACGGGGGACAAUUCUGGUUCUCUAAUUGGAAUGAGACUAAAGGAGGGAGAUGUCGCCUGUAGUUUAGGAACAAGCGAUACUCUUUUCUUGUGGUUAAACAAGCCGAAAACUGCUUUAGAAGGCCACAUAUUUUGUAAUCCCAUUGAUGACAAUGCUUACAUGGCACUGCUUUGCUUCAAAAAUGGAUCUCUGACGCGUGAAAGAAUACGCGACAGUGCGGCGCAAGGCUCCUGGCAAAUUUUUAAUGAGCUACUAGAGAGCACCCCGCGCGGUAAUUUUGGGAAUUUAGGUUUAUAUUUUGACGCACAAGAAAUCUUGCCCUCAAUCAUCGGCGAUCAUAGAUUCAAUAAAGCCAACGACGAAAUAUCACGAUACAGCUCGAAAGAGGUCGAAGUACGAGCUUUAAUCGAGGGCCAAUUCGUCGCGAAAAGGGCGCAUGCCGAAGAUUUUGGUUUCGUUAUUGGUCCGAACACUCGCAUUAUUGCUACAGGAGGUGCCUCUGCAAAUAAAGCCAUAUUGCAAGUAAUAUCUGACGUGUUCAAUUCACCAGUGUAUAUAUCGGAAGUAGCAAAUUCAGCCGUGAUGGGCGCAGCCUACCAGGCAAAAUAUGCUUUGUCACGAAAUGAAUCCACCUUUGACGAAAUAACACGUUGUCUGCCUGAGCCAAAACUUAUAUGUCGUCCAUACAACGAUGCAGAUUCAAUAUACAGAUCUAUGGUUGUUCGUUAUCGUAAGAUAGUGGAGCAAAUUAUUAAUAAAGCGAGUAUAAAUUAA